UGACGUCACUCGGGUGUUGAUCUGACGUUCGUCAGCUGACGAGGGUCGCGCGGGGAUGGAAUGCACAGGGUGUAUUGUAUUGAUUUUCUGGUGCCAAACACCAGUGCGAAGCCGUACUAAGACUGAAGUGCGGCAUUUUCCAACGCGCCUCGCGCCCUUUUAAUCGCUCAAUCGCUGAGCACGUACAAAUAGCCCACCUUGGGCGCCAGUUUCCCCGAUAACCAUGGAGUAGCGAGCUAACUGCGCACCUUCGCCUCAGCCUGUGAGCUAGCCGAACCCCAGAUUCGCGAUGGCAUUCUCUCUGCUCGAGUUGAUCGUGGUCGCCCUGAUGCUGGCCCUGCCCUUUGCCUACGAGUCUAGUCCCAAGUUUCGCUAUUACCUCAAGUUUGCCAUCUACUACGGACUCGUUAUGACAACAGCUGUAUUUGUAAUACCUAUCAUGAUGUUCCGUCCAGGAGAAGUAAAAAAUUUGUUGUUGGCAUCGUUCCUCUGUCGGCACAUUUCAAAGUUGGUUGGACUUCGCUGGGAAAUCCGCGGCAAGGAACAUUUGGAGAAGGACAUGGCGUGCAUCAUUGUAGCUAAUCACCAAAGCUCACUGGACAUUCUUGGAAUGUUUGAUCUAUGGCCUGUGAUGGAUAAGUGCACCGUGGUGGCUAAGAAGGAGCUGCUGUACGCCUGGCCCUUCGGACUGGCUGCCUGGCUGUGCGGCCUUAUUUUCAUCGACCGACACAACUCAAACACAGCCAAGGAGUCAAUGAACCAAGCCACGAAACAUAUUCAAGACAACAAGAUUAAGCUGUGGAUUUUCCCUGAAGGAACAAGGAAUAAUGUUGGCGCAAUGCUGCCGUUCAAAAAAGGAGCUUUUCACGUUGCAGUUUCUGGCCAGAUACCGAUUCUUCCCGUUGUUUUUUCUUCCUACUAUUUUUUGGAUCACGCUAAGAAAACAUUUGACGAAGGUCGUGUAAUCAUGACCUGCUUGCCUCCGAUCGAAACGACUGGUCUUGGCAAGGAUGACAUCGAGAAGCUGGUCGAGCAGACCCGCAAUGACAUGAUUGCUGAGUUCCAUCGCACUUCCGCCGAGGUUCUCAUGGAGGUGAACCGCUCAAAGUCAGACGGAAACUUGAAGAGUGAGAAGAUUGUGAGCGAGGAAGGUACUAAAAUCGAAGAGUCGUGAAAUAUUUUAUAUUUUGAACCAAAGAGUCAAACAAAUGCUCCUAGACUUAUUGUUAGUGAUAUUUUCGGUCGCUCUGAGAGAAAUCUUCAAACGAGAAUCAAAUUCUCAUUUUUCAUAGUGGGAGACCAGAAAUUAUAUGAAACCAAAAAGGAUAAUGUUGUGCUUCGUAGGUAUGAUAUAUAAUUUAGUUGAAGGCUUCUAACUGUAAUUUAAGCUUAAUUGACCAAAAUCUUAUAACUCCGCAUGAUUGUAUCUAUCGCCAAUACUGGUUUCAUUUCUAACAGCAUUUGUUAAUUUUAGCUGGUCUAAAAGUACAUUCCUAUUUACUCAUUUUUGUCAGCUAACUAUGUGCCAAAUUAAUUUCAUUCCCGCAACUCUCAGUCAAUUUUAUGUGUUGGGAAUAUUCAUUUUUAAUGCUAUUUAACACCAGUUUGAGCAAUAAAUCAAUCGCCAGUAUUGAUUUCAACAAACGCGAAAUAGCCACUUUCUUAUUGCAUCUCAAGCUACAGUGGAUUAAUAGGAGCACUGACUAAUAUUAAGUUUUAAUCUCACACAUUCACUCGACUUAAUUUCCAUCACUUUACAAUCCAGAGUAGCAUACAUUGCUACCUUAGCCGCCAAUUUCAUGCAAUUCAAAUUUUCAAUAUGUCAAGUCUACUUUGGCGCUUAAAAAAUUGGUUGAAUAUCAUGUUUCACGGUCUCGCAAGUCAAACAAACAGUUCAGGGAGGGUUGCAAAAUUGAACCGAUCACGAUCAACGCUGCUUCGAAUUUCACUCUGUGAUAAAUGGUACGAUAGAAAGAUGUUAACUCGGUGUAGAAAGAAGUCGUUCAACAUAUUUUGAUAUAAUUUACGAAUAUGCAACCCCAAAAAUAGUGUAUUUACUCCUGAUAGCUAUGCUUUUUUGCUAUUCUGUCAGAAUUGCGUUUGAACCUUAGCCAGUUGAACAGAUUGAAAUCAAAGUAAAUCGUCAGCUGAACUGCACUGACUGUAACUAUUGCGGAUCAUUCAUGGCAGCUGAGAUAUUUUAAUAUCGACGCUGUGAAAAAGACUCAUCAACUCAUCAUAAUGAGCCUCAAGAUAAACUCUUUACCUUUUAAGUCUUGUCAAAUUCUGUAUUAUAAUAUUAAAUUAACAAAUUUUGUAUAUUUUGCACUGUAUAGCCUUAUACAUGGCUCUUGUGCUGCCGUUUGCAGGUGGAUAGUUGUGAAUUACUCUUGUAACGAGGCUAUUUUAUUUUUCAGUCAUAUUAGAUAACUGGGGACUGGGAGGGAAAUGUUUAGUGAAAGCUGAUGAUCUCUUCUUACAAAAAUGUAACUCACAUUAAAAUGUAUAACAUGGAAUCUCGACUUGAUUCAUGUCAUCUAUAUGGUAUUUAAAUAAUAAAAAUAAUGUGCAAUAAAUUA